AUACACACGGCCUACGUUUCUAUGAUCUAACCUCACUUGAAUUUGCGAUGUGGCACUUAGCAUUUUAACAUAUUUCACACUUUGGUUAGCGGAAGAUCGAUUUAAUUCGAGUGAAAUAAUGAUUAUAGCAUAGUGUUUCAGUGACUAACGCGCUAGAAUCAAAAAGGAGGAACUUUUCAACGGAUAUGAAUGUACAUACUUAGCGAAUAAAAAAAAUGAGAGUGUCAUUAUUACUGAUCUUUCGAAUUUUAUACUUUUUCGAUGUAUACGGUGUCACAAAUGCUUGGGACAAUGAUGAAUUGGAAGUAUUCGACGUUGUCGAGGAGGUUAAUCAAAAUUUCUACGAAGUGCUUGGUGUCCCGCAGGCCGCAAAUGCCUCGGAAAUUAAGAAAGCUUUCAGACGAUUGUCACUGCAGUUGCAUCCAGAUAAAAAUCCUGCAGAAGAUGCAGAGCAACAGUUUAGGAAAUUAGUCGCUGUUUAUGAUAUUCUGAAAGAUCCUGCGAAACGUCAGCGAUACGACAGUGUUCUAGUUAAUGGAUUGCCAAACUGGCGAUCAGCCGUGUAUUAUUACCGCCAUGUGCGAAAAAUGGGACUUGUAGAAUUAGGAAUAAUUUUAUUUUUACUGAUUACCAUCGGACAAUAUGUAGUUGCAUGGGCCGCAUAUUACGAGAAAAGAUAUACAUAUGAACAAGUUUUGGGCACUAAACUUCAGAAAAUGCAAAAAAAGAAUAAGAAAGGGAAGAUGGAUGUGCCGGAUUUGGCAGACAUUUUGGAGAAAAUUCCUACACCAACUAUUUGGAACACUCUCCCGUUUCAAUUUCCAAGAUGGAUAAUAGCUUUUACAUUGUCCAUACCUGAUAUCGUGCGUGUAAUGAAUACUAUACUGGAAGAAAGAAAACGUAGGAAAAAGCAAAAAGAAGAAGAAGCAUUAAUGCAAGAAAACGAACAACCAGAACCAGAAUUCACAUCUCGUACGAGGAGACGCAGAACUGGUUUCACUCCGCAAGAAAGAAGCGGUAAUGGCGUUAAAGAGGUGUUUAAGAAAGACCAAAUAAAUCACGUUUAUCAGAAACCUGCUAUUUCUGGGGGAUUAUGGACUGACGAUGACAUAUUAGAAUUAAUAAAACUCGUGAAGAAGUAUCCUAGUGGUACAUCAGAGAGGUGGGAUAAAAUUGCAGACGCGAUGAACCGUACAGUUACCGAAGUUACACAUAUGGCGAAAAAGAUAAAAGACGAAGGAUUAAAACCCGGUUCGCCUACAGAAGAGACUGUUAUAGAAGAACGUUCAAAAAAGAUAAAGACUCGUGCCGAGAAUGUAGAAAGCAUUAGCGAAUGGAGUCAAGAACAACAAAGAGCUCUAGAAGCGGCUCUUAUAAAAUAUCCUAAAGGCACAUCAAUAGAUAGAUGGGAGAAAAUCGCAAAAUGCGUUGAAGGAAAGAGCAAGGAUGAAUGUCAAGCAAGGUAUAGACAAUUGGUGGAAUUAGUCAAAAAGAAACAACAUACUCAAUAGCCUGCCAUGUACAAGAUGUUCCUUCGACAAAAAGUAUAGUCCAAUACCAAUCAAGUCCAAAAAAGAAAAAUGAAACAAAAACAUAAUUUUCGAUCUUAAGAUGAUACAUAUUUCACAGCUGUUGUACAAGCUUUACAAGAAUUAAAGAUUUCUUAAAAGUACUCUUAUACAAGGAUGACGCAUUAAGAAUAAUUAAGAAAAAAAAAGAAACUUUAUACACGAAAAAGAACAAUUACUCCUACAUCAUUUUAUUAUUAAAUGUUUGUGGAGAAUGUAUUUAUUUAAUAAAUUUAAUAACUAAUUCAGAGGAAAAGACUGACAAGAGAUAUGAUAAUUAAAUACUUUCCUGUUCUCUGAGACUGAUACGCCGUAUCGUUUUAGCUUUGAAAAUAAAUUGUAAAAAGUAAUCAUGCCAAAGCAUAUAACACAUUUUACUUUACUAUUAAUAUAACUUACAUAUAUAGAUGAACUAUAUUAAUAUAGUCGAUAUUACUCUGAAAACUAAGUUACUUGUAUUGUACUUGUUAAAACUAGUACAAACAAAUUCCGUCUUAAAUAUUUUUCGAGAUCUAACCCAGGAGUUAUACUGUAAAGUAAAAGAGUGGGCCCUGUUCUUGUAUUAUGAGUGUAAAUAUUUAAAAGGCUAUAAAUUUGUAAUGGACGAGAAAAUUGCCCACGAAUUAUUCUGUGUAAUUUACUUUACUUAAGAAAUUAUAAAUACAUAUAAGCACGGAGAAGUACUAUUAUAAUUUCAACGUCGAACGUAUUUUAUAAUUGUCUAAAUGGAAAGCAACAUUUUGUGUAACUAAUAUUUAAUUUUGUAUCAUACGCAAAGAAGUGAAGUGAAGAAAACAACUAGUAUAUCCGAGCUAUUUAUUGGUUAGUUUUUAAAUAAUGACUGUACAAAAUAUUAUUUACAGAUUGUAUAAUAAACAUUUUAAUUACGUCUUCUUCGAA